AUGCAUCGCCAAGGAUCACAGUCGCCACCAGCUGUACAAUCGAAAGACAUAGACCUGCAGCUGCCCAAGGUCAAGGAGAAAUCGCUCUAUCCAUGCUCGAAAUGCGGCAAACCUUUCAGAGACCUAAAGUCACAUAUGGUGACCCAUCAGGCUGACCGACCGCAUAAAUGCCCUUUAUCGAGUUGCGAAUUUCACCUACGAGGUUUCGCCCGCAAGUACGAUCAGAUUCGUCACACCAUAUGUCACUAUCGAGGUUUCAUGGUCUGCGAGUAUUGCCCUGGCGCUCACUCACCGAACGAGAUUAGCUUCCAUAGAGUCGACGCCUUGAAACAACACCUCGUCCAUGUACAUCAUGUCGAGCGGACGACGAAGAAGAACAAGAAGGUUCCAGCUUCAACUGUCUGCCCCAAUGACCACCAAGUCAUCGUCCAUCACGGCGAAAGCAUGAUCAUCAGCAGCACUAGCAGCGCUAGCAGUAUUCCAAGGUGCUCUCUUUGUGGCUACAUUUUCCAACAGCCUCAACACUGGUACAAUCAUCUCGACGACUGCAUUCUGUCUACGAUCCUACAAGAUGUGCCCUCCAACCACAUCAAUACCUUACAUCUGCUGUCCGUUGCCGACGAUCCCCUGGUGGAAGAGACCCUGCACCUACAUAAGAUUAAGAGUGACCAUGGAUUGCACCCAUUACGACCCACCAUCCGCGACGAGGCGGGACCACGAACUCAAGGCAAGGAGCAGGGGGAGGGUAAUAUUGAACAGAAUCACGCCGUCCACCGGGAGGUAGAAGAGGAGGAAGACGGAGAAGGAGAGGGCGAGGAGAAGACGGUGAGAGGAGCACGCAUUCCCGGCGAAGGUAGAAGACGCCGCAGCCGCCGAAAGGAUGGAGCCUACCCGCAGUACUGGGGGGUGUCACCGGAAUAUCUCAACCUGAAGAGACGAGCUCUCUAUGUCCACGAUGGACCCCAUCGCAUCUGGAAGGACGACCUCUUAUUGUAUACCUCUUUAGAGGUCCGUUUACCACUCAGUGGCCAUACCGCUCAUAACUACGUCACCGACUUGGAUGUCCAGACCAUCCACACCGCCGAGAGCAUCUAUCAUGCUCACCGUUCUAGGACGACGACACCCCCUUGGAAUUUCAUGACGCCCUGA